CACGAUGCUGACGUUAUUGGCGUUCCUCGCAAUUUAAGCGAAACUGUGUCAUUAAUAUAAAAUUGAAAACGUUAUAUUCGUUGUCAUGUGAUCAGAAUUAAGACACAAUAUGGUAUCUACCGGUAUUCUGUGCAUUCCAAUUAUCAUCGCGUUUUUCUAUUGGAAUAAUUUAUUAUGGUGCUACGUUUUUGGUGUGUUAACCAUAUCUUGCUUCUUCCUGGGAUGUUUAAUUGUCAUGUUCAUAAACAUUGCACUAUCUACGAAACAUCAAACUGGCGGGGGCACUCUAAAAACAACUGCAGAGAUGGAUGCUUUUUAUCAUUUGUUAAUGAAAGGAUACGUAGUUAAAACUUCAAGUGCUAAAAAACAUACAAAAUAUCCAUUGGUUUUCACUCGUAUGGUGGACGGAGCUCUGCAGAAUCUAUUGGAUCUAAUUUUCCAAGAUUUCAUUGGCCUUUGGCUCGAUGAAUUGGCAUUUAACUCCGAACAAAUACUGAAUAACAUGAAACAAGACUUGUGGGGAGCAAUUCAGAGUCUCCACGUUCGUUUAUCAAAAGUAGAUCACACAAAAUUAGUCGUUUGUAGCAUAGUAAAUAAAAUUACUUUUCAUUUUGAAAAGAUUAGGAUCGCUCAAGCUGCUUCGUCGGAAGGCGAAGAUCCUGUAUUUAUUUUAUCAGCACAUUUAAUGUCACCUACGUCCGAGUUAGAUUACUUAAGAAAAGUCAGUGAAUUGUAUAUUUUGUUUUUAUUACCACGUUGUUAUUCUCUUGCACCAAUGAAAUAUUUACUGAGAGAAAUUAUUGCAUGUAAAAUAUUAAAACCAGCAAUAGAUUUAAUAACAGAUCCGGACUACAUCAAUCAAAAGAUUUUGUCGUACAUCGAUCAGCAACAACUUACAGAGGCUAUGCACAGAAAAACUUACGAAUACGCAGAAUCGUUUGAGGACUUUAUACGGAUGAUUAAAAGUUCUAAAGAUAUAGAAGUUCUUAAGCAUAUUAGGUACAAUAUCGUCACGGAGAUCAUGCAAGCGACGACGAUACAAAACGUUAAAAGAGCGCAGGGUUUGGAUCCAGACAAUAACGUGUUUGGAAAGUCUGAUGUUAUCCAAGCCCGAAAAUUGAAGAGGUAUAUCAGCCAACUGACGUAUGCUAAAAAUACAUGCGAGUGUCAUAUGCAGACGUUAGGAUGGAAUGGAUAUCCUGUUCAGGCUAGCGAUAUACCUGACUCAGCAGUGAUCGCUGAAGAGAAAAUAUUGCCGUUACAGUAUAUUUUGGAUAACGUGAUAGGUCGAAGAUACCUUUCACAGUUCCUCGAACAAGUCGCCAGUCAAGAUUUAAUCGGAUAUUGGGCAGCCGUGCAAGAAUUACGCAAUACGGAUAAAUUCAAUUGGCAUCAGUUGGGCGCUGAGAUUUUUUAUACUUACAUUACAUCCCCCACCGCCGAGAUAAAGGUCGACAGAGCUAUUCGGAAAAAAAUGGAGAGCUUUUUGCUGGGCGACAUAGGUCCGAAUGUAUUUUACGAAGUGCAAGACAGCGUCGUUAAAACGUUAGAAGAAAAGUAUUAUCCGUCGUUCGUCGUUAGCGAACAGUACAAAAAUAUGCAGCAAGCGUUGCUUAACGAAAGUACGGACGACUUGAUAGAGGAUCGUCAUAUGGGAAAUGGAACGUUAUCGGAGAAUGUGUCUUUGCUUGUCGGUGAACAUUCAAAUUAUGCGCGCUGUAAAUUAGAUCAGUUGCAAGAAAAAUUGAACAACAAAACGCAGGCUCUGCAGGCGUUGAAAUCCUCUUUGAAACCGGAGAGCAAAGUUUUAAAUUUCUUGGCCAAAGAAGUCGAAUGGUUGCAAAGCGAGAAAAGACAACUGGAGGCACAUUUGACCCACACGGAAAUGUGGGCAGAGCAUUUAGGCCACUGGAGAGCAGAAGUACAAAGUGCCGAAGUACCGGAUAACGGAGAAUCGCCGCAGUUCGUUUUGGUCGUCCAUAUGAAACAGGACGAAGGUAACAGCGAUAGUAUUUGCAGCGGUUGGGUGGUAUUGAGAAAGCUACAGGAUUUUCAAGACCUGCACAGAAAACUUCGUCAACUUUGUCCCAACAUAAAGAAUUUAGAUUUACCGUCGCAGCCGUUGAAGUUUUUCGGAAAGUCCGACAAAAACACUUUGGACAAGGACAAGAUACAAAUACAAAAAUAUUUAAAUUUUGUUUUAGAGGAUGAGAAUCUUAAUCAGAGCGAGGCUUUAUAUACGUUCCUUAGUCCAAGUUCAGAGCAUUUGAAACAUGCACCUCCAUCCCCCAAGAAGUCACGAUUCUCUUUGUCGACGUUGUUCAAAACGUCUACCAAUAGCAGCGAACUUCGCGAUAAGGACGACGAAGAAGAUUAUUCGUUGUUGUUGGACGACACUGAUAAUGGUCGAUCAGUCACAGACGGAUACUUGAGCGUAAACAAAGAUGCGAUAGCGGAACCGCUGUACACGCUUUUGGGUGAAAUUUUUGAUUUACGGGGUGUGUUUCGAUGGCUCCGACGUUCGUUAAUUACAUUCGUUCAGAUUACUUACGGUCGUACUAUUAAUAGGCAAAUUAGAGAUACCAUUGCAUGGGUGUUCUCGGAACCUAUACUUCACUAUUAUAUACAGUUGUUCACCAAGUCUUGGUGGCCAAAUGGCCAUUUGGUUUACGAGACGACACUUCGUACGGACGAAGAAAAAUUAAAGACUCGAGGCGAGGCUCGAAGACAAUUCCUAAAUAAUGUACCUGAAGUUUUGACGAAUUUAGUGGGCGCGCAAAGUGCUCAACGUGGUGCAAUUAAAGUAUUCGAUUCAUUGCAGAACACCAACUUAAACAAACAAUUAUUUUACGAUAUUUUUGAAGUUGUGAUGUACGAGGUGUUCCCCGAAUUAACGCAAAUAAAACAUUCGGUAAAAUGAAAUUCAACCGCGUGUAUCUUUUUACGUUAUUUCAAUAAUCAUUUUAUAUCAGUACAUAAAAAAGAGAUAUAUUUAACCUGGACGAAUUUUAUCUGUACAAUAUAAUUAAACGGUAUCUCGGAUAAAUGUAUUCUGUGAAAGAAAAAAUGAACGUAGAUCCAGUCACGUAUUUGUGUGUCUAGCUGAAUAUUGUAGUUAUGUUUCAGGAAGGAACUGAAGAAAUAGGGAAGGCCCCCUCCUAUAGAGAUUACAGAAUGCAACACAUUUUUUCGGAAAAAUUUUUAACGUGAAACUUUUGCUGCUUUAAGGGGGAAAUACAUUU